AUGCAGUUCGUCGUACUAGCCGCCUUGAUCGCUGUCGCCGCAGCCAAUUCUGCCUACCCUGGCUCAAGUUAUGCAACUUCAUCUUACAAUAGGCCAUCUUAUUCACCUUCAACUUACGACGGCAAGGAAUACGCCGCCCAGCCAUACGCUUUCAACUGGGCCGUCAACGAUGGUUACGGCAGCGACUACUCCCACUCUGAGAGCAGCGAUGGUCAGGUAACCACCGGCACUUACCGCGUCCUCCUGCCCGAUGGUCGUGUACAAAUCGUCACCUACAAAGCUGAUAGUUACGGAUACAGAGCUGAUGUCAAGUACGAAGGCGAAGCCAAGUACCCUGCUGCCACCUACUCCGCACCAGUUUACUCCGCACCAGUUUACACUUCUCCUGUUAUCACCGCCCCUGCUCGUUACGCUAUGCCAGUCACCGCUAUUGCAACCGGCCCAAUCUACAGGACUUCCGCUAACGUUGCCCGCGACUACUAA